UACGUGUUAAGCCAAAAUCCAGUAUACACGUAUCAUACUCCUUAACGAACAACACACCUUUACAUCCAUUAAAUUUGCUAAAUACAUUUUGUAAGAAAGUGGAAAGCUAACAUUAAAGAUACUGUUGUUAAUUCAAUAUACAAAGAAACAUGGCUGAUGAUGAAUUUAAUGAGCUGUGGAUGUUUAAAAAUAAAAAAGCGAGUGUGGCUGCAUACAGGAGCAUUCACCCGUGUCAAUAUGUCUACAAACGUCCUGACUCGAAUCUAACGAAAUUCCUGAUAUCCUUAGGAGAGCGAAUUUAUCCUCGUAAAAGCUCUUCGCUUGAGUCUGAAGAAGUUGCGGAUAAAAAAGAAAGUGUUCGAACCAGUUCGCCAUCAGAUACAGGUUCACCUUACAGAACGAGCCUGAAAAAAUCUAGCACUGAGUCUCGACGAUUUAGUAAUACAAAAAAAUCUAGCACUGACUUUAGAAGGCACAGCAUUACUAAAAAAUCCAGCGAUGAUAUAAAGGGGAUUGACAUAGAGAAUAAAUUAAGUAGUGAUUCCAGAAGAAUUACUGCAAAGAAGCCACUGGAUCGAAAAUCCCAUGGCACUAAAAGGCCAAGCUUUGAAUCUGCACGACUUAGUGAUGUUGACUGUAGGCCUAUUGAAGAAAUCUAUAGACAUGCUAAAGAUAGGUCACCUACAAAAAGAUGUGGGUCUCCUGGAAGAGCUAUAUAUUCUCCGAGAAAAUCAAUCUCCCCACUAGACAGAGCGUCAUCUCCACAAGGUAAAGGAGGCUCUCCUGGAAAGGACGGCUCUCUUCUUGAUAAAGAAGGAUCUCCAGGUAGAAUUGGUUCUCCGAGAAGCUCUUGGUGUCCUUCUGGAAAAGCAGAAUCUCCCAGGAAAAACUCACGGUCGCCUACAGGAACUAUCAGUACAAAAUCAAGAAGUCUUAGUUUAACAGAUGAAAUUUCAAGAUAUUACCACCGUAAGAGGAAAUUAGUUGGAAGCAUGCCAGGACUAGAUGAGUUUGAAUCAUUAGAUUCCAUUGAUUUCUCAAUUACUGAACUGCGUUUUGCUGACCCAAAUGUACAUACAGUUUUUGAAAAAGUGCAGCCAACUAUUAAGGGAGUGGAAGAAUCAGUAGUUCCUGUGCAGCAUGAUUUUAAAUUAAAGGUAAUCCAGUUGAAACACGAUAAUGACGACAAUGUUUAUUUUGGUGUAAUCGAUUCCGAGGAAGAGUCAGAAGAAUCUGACGAGGAAAGUGUAAUCACAGAAAACGAAGAAUUAGUACUUAGCGAUUCGUCAAAUGAAGAACAUCCCAGUCCAAAUCAUUAUUACUACAAAAAAUUCAAUAUCCCUACCUAUAAAAAAAAUGUUUUUAUCGCUGAGAACCAUUACAGUGAGUGGUUAAAAGAGCAAUCGAUAAAAAAUUAUAGACAGUUGUUUAACAUAAAAGAAAAAUCGCAUUGUAAAUAUGAUACAGAACAUAAUCUGGAAGAGAAGAAGAAAGAAAUGUUUACUAAAAACAAACAAACAAAUCAAGGAGAAGGAUAUACAAAUUUACGAAAUCAACACGAUCUGAAAUACAAAUAUAUACCAGUGAUAGCACGUUGUGAUAGAAUUGCCGGCCGUGAUUUAGAUGAACUUUAUUUGGCUGAAUUGACUCUUGCUCUUAGGGAAGCUCAAAAAGCUGCAUUACGAGGCCAAGGAGUUAAGCGUGAAACACCGAAGCAAAAGAAAAUGUUAGCUAAACUAAUGAAGAUAUUUAAGUACGAGACAGAUUCCCCAAUGUUGUCAUGUACGACUGCAAGUGCAUCGCACACUAAACUCAAAGCAAAGGAAAAAAUAAUAAAUCGGAGAUUUGAAGCAAAACAAGAAUCACUAACAACUUUCAAGGAACAGAUUCAUAACUACUUGUUUAACAGAAUAUAUUCCGAAGGUCUUGAUGAUUUUUAUGAGGAAGAAUUAAAUAAACGCGAUGCAGGUCUCAUGAUGGACCCAGAUGAUAAAUUUUCAUAUUCUUCAUUAUUGUAUGAACCCCGUUAUGAAGAGCCAAAAAGAUAUCACAGUUAUCUUUAUAGACGUUUAAUAGUCGGCAGAGAUUUUAGCAAUGUGCCUUCAAAAACUAUAAAGGGCUUGGAAAAUCUCGGCAUUCUCUAUGAAUCCACGUUAUACGAUCCUCCGAAGGACGGAAUGUACAGGGGGAAACCAAUUGUCGAAGUUAAGAAAAAUUUUGACUCGCUGCCAUCCAUGAAAACUGGUUUUCCAAAAAGAAAAGCCAAGAAAUCCAUACUUAUUCAUUUAGAACCUGAAACAGAUGAUGCCAAUACUCCUUCGUCACCCCAACCGUCGAAAAAGAAAAAAAUCGUUGGUGGCUUGAAAUCCCAUAGGGAUAGUCUUAAGAAGAAACAAAAACCCAAAAAAAUGAAAGGGGAGAAAGGUGAUAAAGAUGCGGAUGGCAAGCCUUUAAAUAAAGACAAAAGCAGAUCAGACGAAGACAAUUCUAAAUUAUCAGAAAACAUUAAACCAUCUGAAAAUGGUACGGAUAAGAUAAAUCUGGAAGCUGCUGGAAGCAUGGAAAAUCUUACUAAAGGAAAUGACAAGACCGUCUUAAAGGGCAGCCCUGAAAAGGUGAUUCCUGAAGUACAACGCAAAUCGAUAAAAAUUUUAUCACCAUUAAAAAAAAAAUCUAUAUAUGAUGACAGACAAGAUGUUAUUGGAAGUGAAGAAAUUCAUAAAUUGAAAUCCGCAUUAAAAGGAUCCCCAUCACCUGACAAAAAAAUGUCAUUUUACAAAAAUAAAAAUAAAAGUGUCGACGGAUCAUUUAAAGGAUUACCAAUGGAUAUGGAUAGGUCUUCAAGGCCAGAGAGACCGAAAAACUUCACAGAUAAAAUGAGAGCUGCCGUAAGCCAAGAAGUAAAACCGCCCAUAAUAAUUGAAUUUGAUCCUGUUGCAAAUGGAGCUAUAACAAAAUCAAUGGAGCAAUUUGCAACAUACUACAAUACACCGCUUAAUGAGAUGUCCCGUCUUGCAGACGGAGUGAUAUUAAUAGAGCCCGAUGAGAAAAGAAUUGAGACAAAGCUGAGGAAAUCUACAACAAGGCGGCAAACCGAAGAAUCCCAAUUUUCAAAAUCAUCACCAAGGAGAAGUGACGAUUCAGUUUCAAUGAAAAGAAGCAUUAUGAGCAAAGAUUAAAUUUAUUUAAAUAGGCUGUAUUUAUUUAGUACAGCUAAUUGAAAUUUAAGAGCCCAAUCGACUCUUCAAAUGGUUUUUACAUUCUCAAUUUCUUUUAAAAAUAUGAAAAGCAAACACUGAUGGGCGCCAAAAAUUACAUUGAAGUUGAGACCUACUUUUUAAUUUACCUACAAUUAAACAAUUACAAUUUACAAGACAAGUAUACAACUACUACUUGGUAAACAAUAAA